AUGGAAUUGAAGGGAAUUCUAAUCAAGAGAGGUUAUGGCGUGUUGCUAAGAGACAACCAUGGUGAAUUUAUUUGGGGUUAUUAUGGAGCUGCAACAUUAAAAAAUAUUUUAUGUGCUGAAAUCAUGGCUAUAUGGCGAGGAUUAAAGCUGUGUUGGGAGAAUGGUUACCGUAAAGUUCUCUGUUGCUUGGAUUCGUUGCUCGCAGUUAAUUUAAUCAAGCAAGGGGUCACAUCGCAUCACCGUUUUGCUAAUGAGAUUCAUAGUAUUCGGAGGAUGCUAGAAAAUGACUGGGAGGUGGUUAUUACUCACGCACUGCGUGAGGGAAAUGCUUGUGCGGAAUUUUUGGCAAAAAUGGGUGCUAUCUCGAACUCGCCUUUAGUGAAGAUCUCUAUUUCGCCUAGUGAUCUGUUGAGACCUCUUUUGGAGGAUGCUUAG